GGUUAUACUCCUACUGUUCUCUAAACAAUGGUUUCAUAGUUUACAAUUGUAUAAACUCCCAAAUCAUGCUCAAAAUUCAAUUUAAUUGAUGUCACUGUUGAGUGUUUUUUAAUCAGUUUGAUAAACAUGUUUGUCCCAUUGUGACAUAGCCAACCAUGACUUAUGGAAGAAUUUGACGUAUUAAUGGUCCCUAUAAAACCCUGUAAUUCUAAGAAAGAAUUGUCAGAUGGUUUUGAACUCAGUCAAAAUCACUGCAGUAUGUAGAGCGAUAAUGAGUAGGUCUAUGUUCAGUCGUUUGUUGACAGCGACCCCGCUGAGAUUCCUCCGCGAGAGGCCGCUUCUGAGUGCAGCUGGCCUGUUGUUUGCGUCCGGUUCGGCAGUCUACUUUUAUAGCAAAUAUUACGGUAUCGGUGAGGAUGCACUGGCCACCGUGGAGAGCGUGGACCGUGUUGUCACGGUUGAGGAGGAUAAUGAGCCCACCCUGGACCAGGAGGACCCAGUCCUUGUUCAGUAUGUGGUUGAGGAGGUUGGGCACCGGCCCUGUCUGGCUUUAAUCCCUUGGUCUGGACCUCUGUGGGUUCCCAGCUCUCCAACAUAUUACCUUACCCAUGCUGGGAGGAUGCUGGUGAGAGAGCUGGCAGUGUUAAACACGCAGAUAUUCACAGUGGAGCAGCCCAUUUCCAUCUGUUUCACUCCUGCUAGGAGGAUGGUAUGGAAUGAACUGUCCUCUCAAAAUGAACAGUAUGUGGAUGAGGAGGUUGGGCACCGGUCCUGUCUGGCUUUAAUCCCUUGGUCUGGACCCUUGUGUGUUCCUAUCUUUCCUGUCUUCUCCAAGGCCAAACCAGUCUACUACCUCACUCGUGCUGGGAGAAUGCUGGUAACAGAGCUUGCAGUGUUAAACACACAGACUUCCAAAUUGGUUAUUGAGGAGCCUACCAUUCACCUCACUGAAGCUGGGAGGCUAGUGCUUGACGAACUGUCAGCACCUUCAGAUAGCCAUUCACAGCCAAAUAGGGAAGACUCUGGUUUUCCCUAUGAGAAGUUGCAGCUGGUUGGGAACUGGGGUUCGUUUCAUUUCCAUUACUGGAAUAUCCAUUAUGGACGAGUGCAGCAAAAUGAAGAGGACAUGCAUCACCUGUGCAUUGUGAGGGGAGUGGAGAAGCAGCUGUGGUGGAGCAGAGUCAUCCAGGAAAAAAUCCUGGACCCAUGGGGUCUCGUCCAGGUGGUCCUCACCAACAAGAAGCUGAUUGGUAUUAAGUUCCUUGGUAGAAGGAUCCAUGGACUCAUGUCCGGCCUUGUCAAGAGGGAGGAGUUUGAGGAGGAGUUUGUGGAGGAGCAAAAUAAUGCUGCAGAUGUGCCCCAGUUGCGGCGUUACUUUGAAAACCAAGGGACAACCAACUUCUCUCUGAGGCUGGCCGCUAUCAGACGUGCUAUGGAGGCUCUGACAUCCUCAGACAGUACCUCCCUCAAUUACCUCACCCAUGCUGGGAGGAUGGUGUUGAGUGGAUUAUCCGAGCUCAACCAGCAGGAUGUGAGGCAGUUUCAGCAGGCCUACGACCUACUGGUGAACUUCAUUAAUGAGCCAGCAAACAGGGAGCGACUAGAGCAGGAGAUGGCUCUCGUAGGAGUAGGAGCCUGGUAG